UUCAAUCAUUCAUCAAGUAUGGAAAAAUUAUUUCAGUUUCGGAGCGAAAAAAAUAUUUUAUCACAAUUUUUCUUUGAUGGUGGACAUUGCUACAAACGACGUGAUGAAAAUGAUAUAUAUGUUAAAUGUCUCCUGAAAAAUAAUAAAAAGUGUUAUGCACGAGGUGUACUUAACAGAGGAGCACCAAUUACUUUGUUGAAAGGUCAUAAUCAUUCUCAAAAUCAUAAUUUAAAGCUGAUUUUUGAUUUUAAGUACGAACUCUUUAAGGCUGUAACAUCUAAUUUGUGUGAUUUGAGAAGUAUUUAUGAUGAAUUAAGUGUUAAAUACCCCCGAGGUUCUUCUCUUCUGCCAUUCUGUCGAAUGGUGAGAGUCAUGCAGCAGUGGCGAAGGAAGAUUUGUCCACCGACUCCUACGUCUCUCGGCGAAUAUUACUUGCGUCUGAAGCUAAAUCGCUGGAAGCACUUAUGUAAAUCGAAUAAUAGUAAUUUAACAGUCACCAACGUUUAUGGCAGAGAUGGAUCUAUUGCUACGGUUUUCAUUGAUCCUGAUUUUUUAGAAAAUGUUCAGACUACUAAUUUGUACAUCGAUGCUACUUAUAAAGUUUGCCCAACUAUGCCAAAAAACAUCUAUCAGUUUUUUACAAUUAUGGCAUCAAUAAAUAAUUCGAUUUUGCCUGUUGCCUGGAGUUUAAUGUCAAGGAAAUCUACAGAUUGUUAUACAGCUGUCAUUGAUCACUUUAAAUCUUUAUCGCAACAUAUUAUCGUAUUAUCAUACAUGACAGACUUUGAAGGUGGUCUUCGUAAAGCAUUAAAACUCUCGUAUCCAAAUGCAACCGCUGAAUCAUGUUAUUUUCAUUUUAUACAGGCUAACAUGAAAAAAGCUAAAAAACUUGGAUUACUGAAAAAAUUAGAAAAUUGGGAAGAUGGAAGAAAAUUUUUUAGGAAGUUAUUAGCUUUAGCAUUAUUACCGAGUACUGACAUCAUACCAACAUUUAACUGGUUACUGGUGAUCCGUACACCUUUUUAUCUCAUUUUCAAAGAUUUUAUUAAUUACUUCGUUGAUUACUGGUUGAUGACAAUUAAACCUGAUGGAUUUAGUGUAUAUAAAUUAAAAAAUCGAACCAAUAACUUUACCGAAGCAUAUCACCGAAGACUAAACAAAUUCUUUGGCUUACAUCCAUCACUGUGGCAAUUUACAGGUAAUAAUUUGGUUAUCACUUCAAUAGUACGUACACUUUAUUUUAUUUGA